CCGAGCGCGCUGCCGCCGGAGGAACCAAGCCGCCGCAUCGCCCGUAGUUGAGCGAGCCGCCGCGGACACUAGCGUCAUCAGCCGCCGCACCGAGGAAGGGAAUACCGCCGCCGCCGGACACUCCAGGAGUGGUACCACAGGAGCAGCGUCAGCAGCGCGUCGCUGGGAAAGAUAGGGACAUGGGCACCUGAGGUGCUCGGGGGUGCGCGCGUGUGUGUGUGUCUGUGUGAGCGCGCGACGGAGUCGUGCCGUCGCCGGUCUGAGCCCCUCACGACGAGAGCCAUGGCGGCAACAGCUGCCAGCCGGCCACAGCGGGUCCACUCGGCGAUGCUGCUGUCAACGCCGGUGCUCGUCCCGAUGCUGCUGCUCGGAUUCAUUGCACUCGCGUCAGCCGGGAGCGUGGCGAAGCGGCCCUGGAAGAACAGCACCUCGUGUGACCCGGACACACACUUCGUGUGUCGGAGCGACCCAAAGAUCUGCAUAGCGCUCUCCAGGGUCCGCGACGGCUCGGCAGACUGCCCCGACGCGUCCGACGAAGCGUGCCACAGGGGAGAGUUUCGGUGUCUGAGCAACUACUUUUGCAUACCCGAGCGGCGCGUCAGAGAUGGCUGGGAAGACUGUCCCGACGGCUCCGACGAAAUUUGCCAAAAGAACGAACACCGGUGUCGAUGCGGUUUCCCUCGCUGCAUCAGCGUCGAACGAGUUGGUGAUGGCGUCAGGGACUGCUUGGACGGCUCCGAUGAAGACAAAGAGAAAGGCAAGGCUUACAAGUGUCCCAGCGACAGCUCCUUGCAAGACCUCAUGGCUGUUGAGCGGCGUCGGCGUUCAGACUCUGAACGGAGGAGAAGGGCGCGGCAUUCGGGCCUAAUGACAUACACCGUGGGACUGGACCACCAGGCAGAAGCUGCGGAAGUGAGCGUGGCUCUGAUCGAGCCCACGGGCGCCCUGGCCACUCUCACCCGCACCGAAGUCAACGCCGAACAAACAACACUGCACACGACCGAAAUACGACGAGAGUACGUCGAGGGCACGUACAGUCAGAUCUUGUCCACCCAUUCCACCGUACUCGAGCUUGCGCCGUCCCUCAACGAAGUAGAAUACUCAGCCCAGCAAGAAGGCGCGAGACAGCGGCCACAGACCACACACGGCGUACAGAGCUUCGGCUCUUUGAGUUCUGGAAAGGUCUUUCAAACGGCCGUCAAUGAGCUGUCCUCGACCGUUACGACGGGCGUUAAGCCAACCAAAACUACGCAAGGGUCCCUGCUGAGUGCACUGCCGGGCAGCAAAUCCACCACUGUAGUGGGCCUCAACAUCAAGAGUGGUCAGAUAUCUGAGCUUAGUGAUGAAAAAGACAGUGAGGUGCCAGUCAUAACAGUCACGGGUACGGAAGGCCUUCUCGUUCAGGCAACAGGAUCCGAACAAGUGACGUACAAGGUAUUUACCGGUACCUACGUCAACACUGAGGAUCACAAUGCGAAGACGUACAUGUUCUUCUUUGGAAACAGACAGCUACCGGUCGACGCCACGACUUCGCUUCCGCAAGAGGCCACGAGAUCAGCGGAGUUCGACAUUCGAUCAGGCAACCAGAAAGGUGUAGUCCUGGACAUUUCCCACAAGAUUGGCGUGCUUCUGCCUUCUCAGACUGUAUCCACCAUUUCGCCAACAGAGGCACCGCGUUCUGACUACCUCAUUUUUGGAUCGGGUAGUGCACAAGGUGGUGAAUCUAUGACCGGAAUGCUGAUCGAAGGUUCUGAGCCCAUAACCAUCGAAGGUAUCACAAGAUCUCACAUGACAACAGCUAGCACAAUGCAUGUAACAUUGAGCUCUAUGCCGUCUAAGAGUCGACGAGAAAAAAUCAGUUCACAAACACACAAAAAGCCCACACCAACACUAUACAGACAUGGGAAAAAGUUUGAGCCAACGGCGACAGGAAGGAGAAUCGCUCCUAUGGAUGGGGCGACUAUAAUAACGGACAAAUUUUUUCUGCCUCAACAUCUAGGGCUUUACACAACAUCUCCAGUCUCGGACGCAUCUAGAACAGCAGAUGAGUUUCUGGAAGACGUCGACCAUGAUUACGACACUCCACCAGCACGAGAAGAAGAGCCUGUGGUUAUGGUUAGAAUGAGACACCCCCUCAACAACAUCAAUAUUGCGGGUUUUAGGCCCGAACUACUGACACCUUCACCUGUGAAGGACAUUAGACCGACCAAAACGGUUGGUUCCCACCAUGAUGAGUACGCCGACGAUGUUGGUGACAUAUUUGCAACGGACGCUUUAAGCGGUCAUAAUAGUGAGCAGAGUACAUCGACAAAAAAGAACAGAGUGACGUUAUUUGGCUUUUUAGACUUCACGACGACAAUAUCUGGAACGGAAGUUGUAUUUCAACCAGCGGCGACAGGUACAUCUUUCGACUUCGGAAAGACCAGACGUCCACAUGAUGAAGACAUAUACAACCCAUUCAACAUUCCUACGCGAAAUGAGCAGACAACUUCGUCGUCAGCAACGCCAAGGAAGUCUGUGUAUGGCACUGAAACAAGAGAGUUCGUGUCGAAGUUGUCAAUGUUAACAUCCACAUUUAAGGGUGGAGUAGAAAUGCUCAGUACUAUGUACACGUCAACAAUCCCGAUGCUAGUCAAAUCUCGGCUGCCAAAACAUGAUGACGCUAAUUUUGAGGAAGAUCUCCACUCUUCCGGUGCUAGAAUAAAUAUCGACAAUUCAGAAAACCCAGAAGACUAUUUUUAUGAUAGUCACUUGCAGGAAAACAUAGUUACUUCUUCAAGUUUUAGGCCUGAUGAUCUAGCGACGCCAAACUUCUUGUCUUCGUUCUUAUUUCCCGCUUCUAAGAAUGAAGAUGUGUCGUCGCCAACAUUCACGCCACCGGCACUCGGUAGUUCUGCUGAGCCCUCAGAGACGGUUAUGGUAUCUAUGAUCGAAGGGUCAAAAACACAAAAGUAUCCUGUAACACCUACUCGCCCAAUUAUAUCCACACCCAAGCCUAAAAGAAAGAAAACAUACAAGACCGGUUUAGUGAGCUCUAUAACAGGCACAGAUAUCAAUGGUGACAUGACUACGGAAUGGACAACACUUAUUAUUGGCACGGUGAUCGGCGGUAGAUACGCGCACGUCAUUCAAAGCACAUCGAGCAUAUUUUACACCCAGGCUAAGACAGAAAUGUUGAAAGAAGUUACAACGCCAAAAGCACCACCUCCAGCCCCUCCUGGUCUUGUGCUUCCUAGUGACAUCCAGAUCGAGGGAGUAUCUGAUCAACCAGUGACCGAACAGGAUCUAGAAGAAGGCACUCAGAUGCCCCCACCCAUUACAGAGGAGACGCCUCAAGUAGAUAGUGGUGAAAUAUCUCACGAUUCCUUGGACGUAUACAGUAUCACUUCUAAUUUUGCUGUUCCACUUAUCAACCAGUCACGGGUUAUUGAAGAAAGCUAUGAAACAGCCCUCCCUGGGCAAGAGCAGCCUUCAGUCGUUGAACUAUCAGAUGGCUUGCACCUUUCAACAUUAGUUCCGUCAAUAAAGCCAUCUCAAACGACAUCCUCGUCAACAUCUAACGUAGCAGUUUUGACAGACGGCUUUAUCUUGCCUGGAUUGCAAGAUAGUGCGAAGGAGUACGAUUAUGACCAGCAGCCAACAACUUCUUCGAGUCCAGAAGAAGACAAGCCAAAAAUCAUCACCAUGGGAUUUAUUUUGCCAGGAGCUGACCCCGCAAAAGAGUUUGAAGACGAUCUUGUGCACACUGAUGAAGUUAGACUCCUGACAGAUGGCUUUGUUCUGCCCGGUCAGGAUCUACCUUCUCAGCUUGGAAACGAUGAAACGCAGUCUACGCUACAAGGAAGAAUUAUCGACACCGUGGCACCGGCAGAUCAGGAAGUGACGACACAUACAUCAUAUCCUAUCACACACUACUCUACAUUCACUUACUACACGACGAUAUCUGAUAGCAUUGUGUCCAGUAGAGAAGUCACAACAUCUCAGGUGUUUGAAAACAAGGAGGAGUAUGAAGAUGCCCGGAAACAUGGAUUUGACACUAUAGCACCCGAGAAAUCAAUGCUCCCAUUAGAUCCCUCACAGACGGCGACAAUGAUGACCACUUAUACUUACCAAAGCACUAUACAUUUGACGGAUCAACUCUUGUCUCUGUCAGUGAAAAAACUAUGUCAGACCUAUUGGCUCCCUCUGAGGAGAAUGUGGAUAGCGAAAUACUUUCACCAACAGCAACCCAAGUUUAGUAGGUUCCCAAGAAGCCCCUUAAGGGACGGCACAUCGACUUCUUUUGCGCACUUGCGCCAUAACGCAAACUCACUAAAAGGCUCGAGGCUGCCACCGCAGCGGUUUCUGCCAAAGCCAUCGGCCUCUUCGGUCUCCUUGUCUGACACACAACUUUACCAGCAUCAGCAGACACAUCCACAGCAAGUUGUCUCAGAACCGGCUGUCUAUCUGAAACCAUCCGUAUACUACAGGGAGGCCAGGCGCAAUGAGAAAGAUUACGAGGGGCUGCGCCGAACUGCCAGACUGGAGCCGUCAUUUAUCGCAACGCCUUCACCGCUGACGUUCUACACAACCUUCUCGCACUUCACCACUGUCCUCAGUGACGGCAGGCCGAGUGUAUCAACGCGACUUGAAGUCAUAACUAACGUGUUCACUGACGUUGUUCUGCCCACGAGAACGACGAACGAGGUUCCCCCGCGCAAGCGCAGUCGAGACGUGGAAAAAGGAGAAGCCAAUACCGUGGUUAGCGAAGACACCACCACUCUUAACCUCAAUCGGAGGCCUCAAGCCAGGAAGCUGCUUUCCCUGAGUAGCAAAGAAAACGAGUUUUCCGUACCUUACCAGUUUGUCGUUACGGACGAUGAAGAAGCGUCAGCUAAUAGACAUAAGCCUGGACUUGUGCCACGUUCUGCAGGCAACGAACGAAGUUCUGCCGACAAAGCCAAGGACCAUCCCGUAGGUCUCAUUCAGUCAGCGGAAGCAAGAGCAGUGCGCAAUGGAGCGACAACUGUAUAUGCUACGGAAGUCUAUGGUACUUUCAUUAAUGGCGCCUACGCUCAAGUAGUCUCCACGGCUGUGCGAGUGUUCUCCGAACAGAAUCAGCACAGCUCCUCGCACGUUGCGUCGAGGCAAGAGCUGUCUACGUCUCCUGGAUCUCCUGCACCAACGCGCCCGACUGGUCUAAUAUCUUCUAUAGCGAACACGGUCAUUCACGACAGCACCACCACUGCCUAUACGACGAAUAUUUAUGGAACGUACAUUCGAGGCAUGUACGCCCAUGUCGCUCAGACGACGUCUACUGUGAUCAAAGCUCAAGCCUCUAAGUCAGUGUCUAGUAUUACGAAGAGCCAAGAGUACAAAACGGGCCUCAUCUCCUCGCUAGUCAACACAGAAAUCCACGACGCGACGACGACCGUUUGGAAAACACAUGUCUAUGGCACGUUCGUGAACGGAUUCUAUGCCCACAUAGCAUCCACAGCGUCGGAGAUACUCAAACCGUCCAAAAACGCUUUUGUACAGACGCCUGUCAGCCAGAUACCCACGCGAACAAGUGUGCCCUCGCAACAGACGAAGACAAAGAGCUACACGACAGGACUUCUCUCUGCGCGAACGAACGUAGUUGUCAACGGGGGGACGUCAACGGAAGUGGUGACUAACAUUUACGGUACAUUUGUCGGUGACCUUUACGCGCAAGUGGCACGCACAACGUCUCGUGUUUUAACAAAAACUGCAGCUAGCAAAACUGACGCAGUCAAGCCAAUCACAGCCACCAAGCCAACAGGCAUCGUUUCAUCAACGGUUCAAAGCGUCACGCAUGGAGAUGUCGUUACGUACUAUACAACGGAAAUAUACGGAACCAGCGUAGGUAACUUGUACGCACAGUUAGCGAAGACUUCUACACGCACAGAGACCAUAAAGCCUACCAGCACAAAGGCGGCAACACAACCAUUCCUACAGAAGACAGGGCUACUUUCGUCAAGCGUGUUCAGCAGUGAAGUCCAUGGCGCUUCAACCACACUGCACAUAUCUGAGGUCUACGGGACUUACAUUGGCGACGCCUACGCCCAGUUCGGAAGAUCUACGCGUCGAAUCGUAACGCCUACAGAGACCUACAAGGAAGCAGCCAAAACGGAGAGCCAGAAAACUGGAUUGGUUUCGUCAAUUGUGAGCACAGAAGUACAGAGCGGCAAGACGACUGUUCAUACGACAGAGAUACAUGGCACCUACAUCAACGGUUUCUAUGCACAUAUUGCACGAAAGACAUCCAGUAUCUUGAAGCCCGCUUUAGUGAAGGCGACGCAGGCACCAGCAGUGAUAGAGAACACGGAAACUCUUAUAUCAAGUGAAGUCAGCACAGAAAUCCGCAAUGGUGCUACGACCCUCCACACCACUAAUGUGUACGGGACGCAUAUUAACGGGUUUUAUGCCCACGUUGCCAGGAGUACAUCAAGCGUGAUACCCCGAACCACAGCGUCAUCUUCAGCAUCAGAAACACUAAAAACUGGCCUUGUAUCGCGAUCUGUGCGAUCUGAUGUUCAUGAUGGGUAUGUGACCGAAUAUACCACGGAUAUUUAUGGAACCUUCAUAAACGGCUUUUACGCCCACCUGGCAAGAACUAGUACAACAAAAUACGCCCAGUCUACGAGCAAGUCAGAACCUGUGAACCUGCUCUCAAGCUUCUAUAGCUCUUUAUCUGCCCUCGUUUCUUCAAGCACGCUGCCGCGCACGCUGACUGAGCAAUCUAGCUGGAGUUUUAUAUCGCCGUCUCUGUCAAGUCCUAGUUGGGAGCUGACGACAUUUAUCGCGCCAGAAUCUUCCAUAUUUACACUACAGUCACCCAACGUGUUUCAGAUAACCGAAACUUCUAAGGAACUCACCAGUACGUUGAGUGCACCAGUCAGCAUUGAAACAAUAAGCACGUUGCAUUUGCCGAUUUCGUCAUCGUCCAAGAAUAGCGUAAAUAUUGUGGAACUAGACACGACGACCGACAAUAUACUCGAGGAAAUCGGCCUUACUACGGCGAUACGCAUUGACUCUUCGCUUGAUGAUAAAACUAUCUUUCCAACUCUAGAUGAAGUUAGUCCUACUUUCUUCAAUAAGCACAGACCAAACGAAGGUCACAGUCACCGAGUCGACCCCUGCAAUAACACAUAUACCUGACAGCAGGUCAAUAGAAACUGAGAUAUUUCUAGAGACCAGUGUGUCGACCGAAUCGAGUCACACAAAUGAAAUUCUGGAGAAGUCAUCUACUGAAACCCAGGAGACAGUCACUACACGAAUAAGACCAAUAUUCCCUACCAGGAGGCGUCCUAAUGGUGUUAAGAGACCCAACCAUCGCCAGCCUGGUGACUUAAGAGAUGAGGAGGAGGAACCUGAAGAUUAUGGUAAAAAUGAAUUCCUCGACGAAGAAGAUGAAGAUUACAAUGAAUAUGAAGAGAAACAGCUUCAAACACCUGAACCACGCUCGUCUAAGAGACAUCGACCCACACGGGCGGGAUACACCAG